UUUAAACUUGAUUUUUUUUAGUUUAAAAUUAAAAUGUACAACAACAACAUAAAAUCUAGAAAUUCAGAUGAUGAUAAAGGAACAAGUGAUAGCUAUAUAGGAGAUUCUUUGAAUCAUGAAUCAGCAAGUAUUAGAAGUCUUUUUAAGUCACAAUUUGUUAUAUUUUGCGCCUUAUACGUGAGUACAGGUGGUUUAUUAUUUGGUUAUGAUCAGGGUGUAAUAUCAAUCGUACUUGUUAUGCCACAUUUUCUUAAAGAAUUCCCUGAACUAGCAAUUGCAAAGUCAUCAAUGUAUCACGGGGUUCCGUAUCCAGAGAAAUCAGGCCCUCAUUCAGAUUUUUAUAAAGGUCUUAUGACAGCUUUAAUAGAAUUAGGAGCGUUUAUUGGUGCAUUAAAUCAAGGAUGGAUCGCAGAUAAAUUUUCAAGGAAAUAUUCAAUAUCAUGUGCGGUGUUUUUUUUUUCUAUUGGUACUAUUAUUCAGACGGUUGCUAUGGAUUAUUCAGCACUUUCUAUUGGGAGAUUUAUAGGUGGUGUUGGUGUUGGAAUGUUAAGUAUGUCAGCACCUCUAUAUAUGGCAGAGAUAUCACCGCCUAAGAUUCGUGGAGUUUUACUUGUUCUUGAAGAAUUAAGUAUUGUGACAGGAAUUGUAGUUGCAUUUUGGAUUACAUAUGGAACAAGAUUUAUUGAUUCUACAUGGUCGUUUCGGUUUCCUUUUUUGAUCCAAAUUAUACCUGGAUUAAUACUCGGGUUUGGUGUCUUUUUUUUACCUUUUUCACCUCGUUGGCUUGCACUUAAAGGUCGUGAUGAAGAAUGUUUACGCUCUCUGUGUAAAUUGCGGCAAUUACCAGAAUCUGAUCCUACUAUUCAGAAGGAAUGGAUUGAAAUUCGCGCAGAAGCAAAAUUUCAACAACAAACAAAUGAAAUUCGACAUCCUAAACUCAGAGAUGGUCGUGUAUUUACAGCAAUAAAAUUAGAAAUAGCUACAUGGUUUGAUCUAUUUAAAAAAGGGUGCUGGAAAAGAACUAUAGUUGGUAUAGGCGUAAUGUUUUUCCAACAGUUUGUUGGUAUUAAUGCUUUAAUAUAUUAUUCCCCUACUUUAUUUAAAACUCUUGGUUUAGAUUAUGAUAUGCAAUUAUUAAUGUCUGGUAUUCUAAAUGUUACUCAAUUAGUUGGAGUUUUUACUAGUAUAUAUACUAUGGAUAGAUUAGGAAGACGUCCUUUGCUUUUAAUUGGAAGUGCAUUAAUGUUUAUUUCUCAUUUAUCUAUAGCUAUUAUUGUUGGGCUAUAUAGUCAUGAUUGGGCUAAUUACAGAAUCCAAUGUUACAUUGGUGUUUCUUUUCUACUGUUUUAUAUGUUAUCAUUUGGCUCAACAUGGGGACCUGUUCCGUGGGCAUUGCCAACUGAAAUAUUUCCUUCUUCUCUUCGAGCAAAGGGAGUAGCCAUAUCGACAUGCAGUAAUUGGUUAAAUAAUUUCAUAAUAGGGUUAAUUACGGUUCCAUUAGUAGAAAAAACUAAUUAUGGUGCAUAUAUAUUUUUUUCAGCCUUUUGCCUUCUUUCUGGAAUUUUUACAUGGUUUCUUAUCCCAGAAACAAAUAGACGUACACUUGAAGAAAUGGACGUAGUUUUUCAUGAUAAUUAUGGAUUUAAUGAUGAAGAAAGGAGAAAAGAAAUAGAAGAUGAACUUUUUAUGAAACAAAGACAUUUAUAUGAAGAUUGAUAUUUCUAAAUUAUACAGAUAUUAAUAUGUCAUUCUUAUCAAUG